UUGAUUUAUAUUACAUAGAUUUAUGCUCUAAUAGAAUUAGUCCUCGAAAUAUAACCGUUAGGACAUUGACUUUAGGUUCUUAACAUCUUGAUUUGGUUAAAGGAUAAUGCCCCCGCGACGCGCUCCGGAAGAUGAGCAGCGAGCCCCACCUGUGAAUAACAAUGGGGUUGAUUUUGCUCAAUUUCUACUAGCUCUCCAAGGCUUUAUGCAGCAACAACAGGAGGGUGGCAUGAAUGCUGGACAACCUCGAGUAAGGAAUUUUGAAAUUAUUGAACAGUUUCGAAGGAUGGGUCCACCAAUAUUUAAGGGAACCGAAGGGCCUGAAGACACGGAAGAAUGGAUUCGUGAGCUCGAACGAAUAUUUGAGCUUAUGGGCUGUAGUGAAGAGCAAAAAGUCUCGUGUGCGAUCUAUCAAUUGGCUGAAGAAGCAAGCCACUGGUGGGAAUCUCAUGCUCGAACGUUGACACUUGAACAACGCCAAGCUUUGGUUUGGAAGGACUUCAAGGAGCUGAUAAUGGAUCGCUAUUUUCCUCAAUCCUACAUAACACAAAAGGAGACCGAGUUCCUCAAUCUCAAGCAAGGAAAUAUGACGCUAGUCGACUAUGAGAGAAAAUUCAACAAAUUGUCUCGAUAUGCACCAUACCUAGUCGACACGGAUGUGAAGAAAGCACGUCGGUUCGAGCAAGGCUUACGACCUGAAAUUUGUGGAAUAAUAUCCGCCUUGAGAUUGCCAACUUAUAGAGAAGUUAUCGACCGAGCUCAAGCAGUCUCCAAUGGCUUGCAACUAGAGAUCAAAGAUCAACAACACCGUGACUCAUUCGGAAAGAGAAAAUGGGAAGAUUUUGGAAAAGGGAAAAAUGCUCCAACAAACAAGAAAUGGCAACCAACACGUGGUUCUUCAACAGGAUCUGCAUCAUCCAAAUCAAGUAAUGAGAAGUCUCAAUGCCCAAAGUGUAAUAAAUUCCACAUAGGCGAGUGUUGGCGUGGGAAGAACGUCUGCUACUCCUGCGGCGAUCCAGGACACAUGUCAUAUAACUGUCCAAAGAACAAGAAGGAGACGCAAAAGAAUAUUCAAGAGCCUAUGAAGAAAGUGAAGCCCCGAGUCUUUGCCAUGACAGAAGGAGACCCCGAUCCCGAGGACGGUGCAGACACCAUGUCAGGUUAAGGAGUUGACGGCAAGACGGCAGACAUGGAGCUCCACAUUCUCCCGUUCUAUUAUAUGAUGAAGUAUUAUAUGUUGCUGUUUUUGGUAAAUAUAUCUUGCUACUAACCAACUUAGCCUCUUCCAAUUUUGGUGGGUCGAGACUUUAUAUAUAUUGGUUUAUGAUCAUGCAUUUUGAUGACGGCUGUGACCGAAUAUAUAUAUUUUGUUUACCAUAUGUGUAGUUACGAGCUGUGCCUCGAACACGUUAAUUAUACUUUUAAACUUGAUGGUUUUGUAUGUACUCCAUCUUUUUAUAUAUAUAAAUAUGAUGCUUAGAUAAAGUUAUUAUUGAA